AUGGCCGAUGCGCGUCCAUCCUACAAGUCCUGGAAAAAGAAGUACCGGAAGAUGCGCAUCCAAUUCGAUGUCCAUCUGGAGCAGAGUGAGGAGUUGCACAAGCUUGAGCAGAAGGCCAUCCGCACCAUGAAGCGUCUGGCUGUUGAAAAUGACCGUCUCAUGGACAUGUUACUCGACAUCAACGACUCCCCACAAAUACCCUUUGAGCGUCGCAUCGACAUCAGCGCGCACGAGCCUGCCUCCGAAAACGAAGCCGAUGAUACUCAGAAGCCUGCCAAAUCCCUCCGGAAACUCCAGCAGACGGUACCACACAGAUCAUUUGCGGCUACCGUGCAGGUCUUCCCGAGCGUUCAGGAGGAAUUGGCACCAAAGAACCGCGACACAGAGCCAACAGCGUUCCUGACAGCCGACGACAUCGACAACUAUCUCUACGAGAUUGAUCUGCGACUUGGCUUGAAACCACAGCCGUCGCUCGCGCCGAACGCACACGGUGCUGCGGGUAGUACAGCUGCACACAACUACGCGCUGCGCAACCCUACAAGUGUCUACAACUGGCUCAGAAAGCAUGCACCUAAGACGUUCUUGCAAGACAUGGAGAAGGAUGACAAUGAAAAGGGGGAGAAGGUGGACGGCAGGAAACGCAAGAACGCCGCAGGCGAGGGCAAGCGGCGCUCCACAAUGUCCAAGAAGGACAAGGAGCGACUACGUGCUGCUGAGGGAGGAUGGGAUGAAGAUGGCUCCCACGACGGUCAGAGCACGAAGGGCAAGCGGAAGCGUGAUGAUGACCCUGGGUACCGGCCUAAAGGUGGAAACAGUCGGCCGGUCAAGAAGCGCAAAAGCGGUAGUGUCGGUGGCCGAAAGUCGAUGGGGGACCGGUGA